AUGAGGUGAAAAGUGCCGUUGUAUAGCUAGGAGGACACAUAAGCUUAACUGCUGCCAUCUAGUGAUGGAACUGCAUGAGAAAGACACAUACCCAACUCACAUACACUCAACAGUCAGGGACUGUAGCCAGGAUCAUAUAGAAAAGUUACAGAUCUAGUAGGUCUGUAAAGGAUUAACAUAUUGAAAAAGUAAAGUGUCAUGUUGUACAACGUUCCCUGAAUAUCGCUAUUCACCAAGUCGCUAUUGCUUGGCUCUUGUGUAUAAAUAUCAUUAGAAUAAUAUGUCCUAAUAAGUUUGUCAUUCUUCUCCUCUUCUGUGGUAAUGGUGACUGUGUGGUAAUACUGUAGUAUAUGUCACGUGGUAAUUGGUUGUGUUAAUGGCGUGUUGUCUCUGUCCCGUGCGUGCGUGCGUGCGUGCGUGCGUGCGUGCGUGCGUGCGGUGACUGUUCUCAGGGUUUCCCAGAGUCAGGUGGGUCAGAACUUUACCUUUGUGCUGACGGACAUCGAGAGCAAGCAGAGGUUUGGCUUCUGCAGACUCACCUCCGGCUGCCGCGUCUGCAUCUGUCUGCUCAGGUACUACCCACAUUACCUACAAACAAGGAAGCUUAUUCUCUGGCUACUGACCGAUUGCGUCAAUCAGUUACGCAAUCAAGUUUUGUAUUUGUAUUAUUUUUUUUAGAAAUUUAUUUAAUCACAAUUAUCCCCUAUAUGAGGAAAGACAUGUAUAUUGUUGACACAUUAGUUAUUCAUAAAUAAAUACAAUUUGAAGUUGCAAUAUCCUCACUUCACUCUUAUAAUAUCCAGAUUAUAUUUCUUAAUUGAUUGUAGAGACGGUGAGGGUUUGGAAGUGAAGGAACUCAUAUAGAUGAUGAAGAGUAAAAAUUGUGCUCUUUGGAAGCAAUAUGCAUCCAAUUGUUUCUCAUGGCAAUGACAGAAUAAUACACUCCUGAAUUCCGUUUUAAUUUGGUCCCUAUAAUAUUAUUCUUUUUUUUUUUUUAUAUCCAGGGCAGUCAAAAAAGUACAACCUAUUAUUGACAGCUAUAAAGAAUUGUUUUAGUAGUAGAUUGAAGAUUGUAGGUUCAACUCCCUCUCGAGAUAUUGUUUAGCACGGAUUUAUCUCAAAUAUUAUGUCAUUCAUUAUUAUUAUUAUUAUUGAACAUGAAAGAUAUCUAAUUAAAAAUACAUUUUAAAAAUGUUUUAUUGAUUUUUAAUAGGACGUUUGAAACUAAACCACAUUUUAUGUUAACAAUUGACAAUGUCCUUUUAAUAAGAAACAUUUCAUUAGUAAAACAAUAUAGUUGAAUGAACCACAGCAGUAAUGGGAAUUUGCACAGUCAAAUAAACAAUAAUGAAAAAAAAAAAAAAAAGAUUUUCGGAGGAUAAUGACGACAGUCGCAGGGUUGAUCUUGUUCUUGAUGAGCUGCUGUCGAGAUGAGCUGUACCCUCCCCUCAACUCCCCCGGACAGCCACCACCAUGCCCUUUGUUUCCCGCGCGCUCCUCGUUAUAUACAGCUACUGGCAUAGAAGCGCGGCGAAGGAAGCCGCUUGGCCCAUAAUUAUGCAUGAAGCCUCGCUGCCAAUUAGCAGAGACUCCCAUGCCCCUCUGUCUGAGUCCCACAUGCUAAUUCAUUUGACAUAUGAUGUAUACAAUUCAUUAUGCAUUCUGAGUAGUUUGCAUGCCUUGAUUCAUUCAUCAUAAGAAAUGUAUAGAAAGUUUGUAUUAUUCUGUGUGUGUGUGUGUGUGUGUGUGUGUGUGUGUGUGUGUGUGUGUGUGUGUGUGUGUGUGUGUGUGUGUGUGUGUGUGUGUGUGUGUGUGUGUGUGUGUGUGUGUGUGUGUGUGUGUGUGUGUGUGUGUGUGUGUGUGUGUGUGUGUGUUUUAAAAACUUCACAGUUAUUUGUUUUUGUGACCAGUUUGGGGGAAAAGAUUAGUGAAAAUAUUUUAAAACAUAAUAACAAAGAUGCAUAUUUUAGAUAUCUCAUGGUUUAUAUAUGUGAAAUAUGAACAAAUCAAAUGUAAUUUUUCGCAUCAGUGACAGAGAGAGCAAAGACCUGGUCCCAAGUUAAUUCUUUCGUUUUUCGUUGUUUUUCAAAAUGCACAACUUGGAAGAAGUUGGUAAUUCUUAGAUAAGCAAUCCAAGUUGUGAUCAUAUUGAAUAAUCUUUUUAAAUCUAUGUUGUGAUCAUAUAUAACAGAUAAGGUUAAAACAUUAGACGAUCAACAAAGGUCCCUGCGAGGAGGCUUCUAGCCAGCUACCUUCAUUUAGAGUGUUUGUUCCCCGGAUAUAAAACAAUGGUAAUUAAAACCGUUUGUGUCCCUGUGAUUGUUGAAGUGCUGGGACUAUAAAAUUGUCACCUAUGCUUACACAAGGAAGUGGCUUAAUGACUAGGACAGUUUUAUAUGGCAUGGGCUUUGUAGUGCUGCGGCUAAAGGCCCGGCCAAAAGGGCCAUGCUACCUUCAGGCCAAAACCUUUUUAAAGAGGCAGAAUGCUUCGAUUUUACAAUCUUUCUUCCUUCCCCUCGACCCCAUCCUCCUCCUCUUCUUUCCGUUGGUAAUUCUCUCACAUUUAGGGAGAAACCGCCUUCGGACAUGUGAGAGAGGUUGCUGAUGAAAAAAGGCGGUUUCCUUGAUUUUAUUUUGCGGCUGAGAAUUGGGUUCCCUUUUAGGGAUGUUGGCGCUCCCGUUAGUGGUCACUGAGCGGGACGCCGGAGGGCAUUUCCUUCCCAGUAGUUAACCUCUAACCCGGGAAAGUAAAGGUGUAAUCAAAUCUUCCAGUGAGCCAGCUACAAGGUGCAAGUUGACUGGGUGUAGAGGGAGAUUUUAAGAUCCAUCCAGGGAAUAGGAAUAACAACCAACAGGUACUUUAUGGCGGCAAACAGCGGAGACGCGGCUACGUCGUUAAAAAUGUGUAGUUUACUAAUCACAUGACAACCUAACCAAACAUAUACAGGUAUUUAUUUGCCCUAAAAUGGAUUGAGAUAUUGCAGUUGGUUUAUACUGAUAAUAUCCCUACGCCAGAAAACAAAACUCUCAUCUCUCUGUUGCAAUUUGUGUUGUUGGUAAUUACAUAAUUUAUGUCCUUACAAAAACACCAGUUAAUUGAUUUGAGCUUUUAGACAAUAUUUGUUUUAAACAGAAUUAUAAUAAAGAAGAUUUGAUCACUUCCACUGCUAGCUCUAUAUCUUCUGACCAUCCCUGUGUAGUGUUCUGGUUGAUAGAGAGUCUGAGGGGUUGUGUUGUGGUAGGGGAUACAGUCGGAGGGGUUGUGAGUGGGCCACAGAUUAACUGGUUUACUCUGUGAGUAUACAGUACUUUGAAGGAACAUGUGUGUUUAAAACGGCUGGAGAGCUAGCCAAGCCCCCACACACAGUGAUGGAUGUCUCUCUAUCUGGGGAUUUAGGAAACACAAACAAGCCUAAGCCGCUAACUGGGGAGAGGAGCAGUGCUUACUGACAUAGCUUCAUUUAAGAAAAAAGAAACGCAUACCACAGAAAAUACCUCAGCCUAAUUUUGCUAAGGUUAGAUGUGGUCUAGUAUCCCUAUCCGGCUAUCAUGAUAAAUUGCGGUUCGCUGCUCGCUGCUACACCAAUAAUUUAUUUGUCUCUAAAACAAAAGAUUACAGCCUGGUCAUUAAAGAGUGUGAUGGUUGAGAGGGCUGUGAUGGUUGAGAGGGCUGUGAGGCCUGCCAAGGAGAGGCUGACAUGACAGACGGGGAGAGUGAGAGAGGCCUAUUUAAAUAUACCCUCACAUGGGAUAUGUAAAGGAUUAGCGUCCAGGAGCCUAGCUUCUUAAACAAAGGGCCAGAGGAGACUUAUUAUGACUAUUUCAGUGACCUUCUCAGAUUUUUUUUUUUUUAAUUAGCAUUUUUGGGUUGUAUUGAUAAACUUCAACACACCCACAGCUCAUAAAAAUAUCCACUGCUGUUUGUUUGGCAACAUGGCAUAUUUAUGUCUUUAGGUUUCUGUUUUUAAUGUCCAGUCAGCAUGUGAAUUUUGUAGAUAACACACGCAUGUUACGUUUGGGUUUGGAGAGUGUGUGACCUGAUUACGGUGAGAUCUUCAUGCGGACGUCAAAAUAUUGGCAUGUUAAGAAUCUGAUUGUUUCAGGUUAAUGGUCACUCAGGCCCCCUGAUGGGUGCGCUUGGCUGCACUUGCCCGGGAACCGCCGUGUCAUUGGCCCCUUGCGGAUUUAGCGAUAUUAAAAUUUGCAUUAGGUUGACUUUGUUUUCUUGUUGUGUGUUAAUUCCAGUCUGCAGAGCAGCCAGUGACCCAUGCCAUGAGAACUACCCAGCAUCCCCCUGUCUCUACAGGACUUCCCUGGCUAAUAAAAGUCCCUCAGCCAAGCCCUACACACACACACACAGUUUUUACUGGGGAUUACAAAUCAAACGUUUUAUUGUAAUCUCUUUAGAAUUAUUUUGUAUUAGCCUACUACUUCAUCAAGUCAGCUUAGAGACAGUAUUUUAAAGUUUCAAAGUGAUUUUUUUUGUGUGGUAAUUUUUUGUUAGCCAGGUAGCCAUUUCAAUUUAACAACCAACUUUUGUUAAUGCAUCAUGCCCACACAUUCUGUUUAAUGUAAGUUGAAUUUUGACCGUAUUCAUUCAUUCAUUCAUUCAUUCAUUCAUUCAUUCAUUCAUUCAUUCGUUCAUUUGUUCUUAAUUUCAACCUUCAUUCAGUUAUUGAAAGUUAAUGAAGCAUCUAUUUAUUUGUUGUUUAAGUGCAGAAUGACAAGGAAAGCAUAAUCCACUGUCAUUAUGCCAGACAUUUUCUAAAAUACAUGUAAGCUGAAUAAAAAUGUAAUAACUCACAUCGGUACCCCACCACGUUUUGAUUAUUUGAUUGCAUAACAUUAUAAAUGAACUGAGCUCUCUUUUCUGAGCAACCUUCAAGCCAAAACAAAAUUCUAGCCACAUUCCACCUCAAAAGUCAAAUAUCUCUGCCAAGAACGUGUCAACCUUAUCAAGAGAGCCAUGUUGCAGAUGCAUUUGGCUUCUGGUGGGUGUAUUUUGCGAUUAGCUAUAACACAAACACUACAGUAUAAAUUAUUUUUAGUUUGUUAAUUUUAUUUAUUUAUUUAACAUUAAUUAGGUAAGGAAAAACCAGAAGGAAUGUCUAUUUUUAAAGUAAAAAGGCGGUGGGGUAUUGCUUCUCUCCCUCUGUGCGUCUGUGUGUUGGCUUGGGCUGAGCCUGGGAUGUGUAUCUGGGAUCAUUAUGUAAACCAAGGCAUCCCUCCUCCACCUCUACCACAGCUCUCGCUGGCCCAGUCAUGUUGGGUUGAAGAACUAAAGCCCUGUCUCUACCUCCUCUACCCACCACCUUUAAACUAAAGCCCUGUCUCUGCUCUCUACCUCCUAUACCCACCACCUUUAAACUAAAGCCCUGUCUCUCCCCCCCUACCCCCACCUUUAAACUAAAGCCCUGUCUCACCCUCUACCCUCCCUACCCCCACUUUAAACUAAAGCCCUGUCUCUACCACCACUCCUCUACCCACCAACCUUAAACUAAAGCCCUGUCUCUACUCUCUACCUCCUCUACCCACCACUUUAAACUAAGCCCUGUCUCUACCCUACCGUCCUCUACCCACCCCCUUUAAACUAAAGCCCUGCCCCUACCCUCCCCUCACCCACCACCUUUAAACUAAGCCCUGUCCUGUUUACCUCCCUACCCACCACCUUUAAACUAAAGCCCUGUCCGCUCUCUACCUCCUCUAACCCACCACCUUUAAACUAAGCCCUGUCUCCCUCUACUCCUCUACCCACCACCUUAAACUAAAGCCUGCUCUACCUCCUCUACCCCACCACCACCUUAAACUAAGCCUGUCUCUGCUCUCUAACCCUCUCUACCCACACCUUUAAACUAAGCCCUGUCUCUACCUCCUCUACCCCCAACCCACCACCUUUAAACUAAAGCCCUGUCUCUGCUCUCUACCUCCUCUACCCACCACUUUAAACUAAGCCCUGUCUCUGCUCUCUACUCUCCUACCCCACCAACCUUUAAAACUAAAGCCCUGUCUCUACCUCCUCUACCUCCUCGACCCAAACCACCUUUAAACUAAAGCCUGUCUCUACCUCCUCUACUCCCCCCCUUUAAACUAAAGCCCUGUCUCUGCCCACCUCCUCUACCACCACAUUUAAACUAAAGCCCUGUCUCUACUCUCUACCCUCCUCUACCCACCACCUUAAACUAAAGCCCUGUCUCUACUCCUCUACUACCUCCUCGACCCACCACCUUAAACUAAAGCCCUGUCUCUACCUCCUCUACCCACCCACCUUUAAACUAAACCCUGUCUACUCUCUACCUCCUCUACACCCCCACCUUUAACUAAAGCCCUGUCUCUACUCUACCUCCUCUACCCACCACCUUUAACUAAAGCCCUGUCCUCGCUCUCUACCCUCUCUACCCACCACCUUUAAACUAAAGCCCUGUCUUUUCUACCUCCUCUACCCACCACCUUUAAACUAAGCCCUGUCUCUCUCUAACCUCCUCUACCCCCACCUUUAAACUAAAGCCCUGUCUCCCUCUACCUCCUCUACCCACCACCUUUAAACUAAAGCCUUCUCUGCUCUCUACCUCCUCUACCCACCACCUUCUAAACUAAAGCCCUGUCCUCUACUCUCUACCCCCUCCUCUACCCACCACCUUUAAACUAAAGCCCUGUCUCUGCUCUCUACCCCUCUACCCACCACCUUUAAACUAAAGCCCUGUCUCUGCUCUCUAACCUCCUCUACCCACCACCUUUAAACUAAACCCCCUGUCUCUCCUCCUCUAACCUCCUCUACCCACCCACCUUUAAACUAAGCCCUGUCUCUGCUCUCUACUCCUCUACCCACCACCUUUAAACUAAAGCCCUGUCUCUACCUCCUCUACCCCCACCUUUUUAAACUAGCCUGUCCUCUACUCUCUACCCACCACCUUUAAACUAAAGCCCUGUCUCUACCUCCCCCUCUACCCACCACCUUUAAACAAAAGCCCUGUCUCUACUCCUCUCUACCCACCACCUUUUAAAACUAGCCCUGUCUCUACUCUCUACCUACCCCCCCACCCUUUAAACUAAAGCCCUGUCUCUACCCCUCUACCUCCUCUACCCACCCCCUUUUUAAAACUAAAGCCCUGUCUCUACCUCCUCUACCCACCACCUUUAAACUAAACCCCUGUUCCUCUCUACCUCCUCUAACCCACCACCUUUAAACUAAAGCCCUGUCUCUGCUUUCUCAAACCUCCUCUCCCCCACCUUUAAACUAAAGCCCUGUCUCUACCUCUACUUCCUCUAACCCACCACCUUUAAACUAAAGCCCUGUCUCUACCUCCUCUACCCACCACCUUUAAACUAAAGGCCUGUCUCUACCUCCUCUACCCACCACCUUUAAACUAAAGCCCUGUCUCUACUUCAACCUCCCUCCUCACCACCUUUAAACUAAAGCCCUGUUUUCUGCUCUCUACCCUCCUCUAAUCCACCACCUUUAAACUAAAGCCCUGUCUCUACCUCCUCUACCCACCACCUUUAAACUAAAGCCUGUCUUGCUCUACCUCCUCUACCUACCACCUUUAAACUAAAGCCCUGUCUCUGCUCUCUACCCUCCUCUACCCACCACCUAUAAACUAAAGCCCUGUCCUUUUACCUCCUCUACCACCACCUUUAAACUAAGCCCUGUCUCUACCUCCUCUACCCUCCUCUACCUCUACCCACCACCUUUAAACUAAGCCCUGUCUCUGCUCCUCUAACCUCCUCUACCCACCACCUUUAAACUAAAGCCCUGUCUCUGCCUCCCUACCUCCUACCCACCACCUUAUAAACUAAAGCCCUGUCCUCUACCUCCUCUAACCCCCACCUUUAAACUAAAGCCCUGUCUCUAGCCUCCUCUACCCACCACCUUUAAACAAAAAGCCCUGUCUCUAACCUCCUCAAACCCACCACCUUUUAAACUAAAGCCCUGUCUCUCUACCCCCCCUCCUCUAAUCCACACCACUUUAAACUAAAGCCCUGUCUCUACCCUCCUCUCCCACACCUUUAAACUAAAGCCCUGUCUCUACCUCCUCAAACCCACCACCUUUAAACUAAAGCCCGUCCUGUCUCUACCCUCUACCUCCUCUACCCCCCACCACCUUUAACUAAAGCCCUUCCUCUUACCUCCUCUAACCCACCACCUUUAAACUAAAGCCCGUCUCUACCUCUUCUAUACCCACCACCUUUAACUAAAGCCCUGUCUCUGCUCUCUACCCCUCUACCCACCACCUUUAAACUAAAGCCCUGCCCUCUACCUCUACUCUCUACCUCCUACCACCCACCUUUAAACUAAAGCCCUGUCCUCUACCCUCCUCUACCCACCACCUUUAAACUAAAGCCCUGUCUCCUCUCCCUCUACUCCUCUACUCCCUACCACCUUUAAAAAACCCUGCCCUUACCUCUAUCCACCACCUUUAAACUAAAGCCCUGUCUCUACCUCCUCCUCACCCCCACCUUAAACUAAAGCCCUGUCUUUGCUCUCUACUCCUCUACCCACCACCUUUAAACUAAAGCCCCGUUCUUCUACCUCCUCUCCCACCCCACCUUUAAACUAAAGCACCGCCCUCAACCUCCUCUACCCACCACCUUUAAACUAAGCCCUGUCUCUACCUCCUCUACCUCCUCUAACCCACCACCUUUAAACUUAAGCCCUGUCUCUACCCCCCUCUACCCACCACCUUUAAACUAAAGCCCUGUCUCUAGCUCCUCUACCCACCACCUUAAACUAAGCCCUGUCUCUACCUCUCUCCUUUACCCACCACCCUUUAAACUAAAGCCCGUCUCUACCCUACCUCCUCUACACCCACCACCUUUAAACUAAAGCCCUGUCUCUAUCCCUCCUCUACCCACCACCUUUAAACUAAAGCCCUGUCUCUACCUCCUCUACCUCCUCCUCUACCCACCACCUUUAAACUAAAGCCCUGUCUCUACCUUACCCUCCUCUACCCACCACCUUUAAUCUAAAGCAUGUCUCUGUCUCUAACCUCCUCUACCCACCACCUUUAAACUAAGCCCUGUCUCUCCCUCCUCUACCCUCCUCCCUCUACCCACCACCUUUAAACUAAAGCCUGUCUCUACCUCCUCUCUCUCUACCCACCACCUUAAACUAAAGCCCUGUCCUCUACCCCUCCCUACCUCCUCUACACCCACCACCUUUAAACUAAAGCCCUGUCUCUACCUCCUCUAUCCACCACCUUUAAACUAACCCUGUCUCUAACCUCCUCUUCCACCACCUUUAAACUAAAGCCCUGUCUUUGCUCUCUAGCUCCCUCUACCCACCCCUUUAAACUAAAGCCCGUCUCUACCUCCUCUACCCACCACCUUAAACUAAAGCACCGUCUCACCUCCUCUACCCACCACCUUUAAACUAAAGCCCUGUCUCUCCCUCCUCUACCUCCUCUACCCACCACCUUUAAACUAAGCCCUUCUCUGCUCUCUACCCCCUUUAACCCACCACCUUUAAACUAAAGCCCUGUCUUUCUACCUCCUCUACCCACCACCUUUAAACUAAAGCCCUGUCUCUGCUCUCUACCUCCUCUACCCACCACCUUUAAACUAAAGCCCUGUCUCUACUCUCUACCUCCUCUACCCACCACCUUUAAACUAAAGCCCUGUCUCUACCUCCUCUACCCACCACCUUUAAACUAAAGCCCUGUCUUUGCUCUCUAGCUCCUCUACCCACCACCUUUAAACUAAAGCCCCGUCUCUACCUCCUCUACCCACCACCUUUAAACUAAAGCACCGUCUCAACCUCCUCUACCCACCACCUUUAAACUAAAGCCCUGUCUCUACCUCCUCUACCUCCUCUACCCACCACCUUUAAACUAAAGCCCUGUCUCUGCUCUCUACUACCACCUCCUCUACCCCACCACUUUAAACUAAAGCCCUGUCUCUACCCCCCUCUACCCACCCACCUUUAACUAAAGCCCUGUCUCUACCCUCCUCAAACCCACCACCUUUAAACUAAAGCCCUCUCUGUCUCUACCUCCUCUACCCACCACCUUUAAACUAAAGCCCUGUCUCUACUCUCUACCUCCUCUACCCACCACCUUUAAACUAAAGCCCUGCCCUCUACCUCCUCCCCCCUAUACCCAACCACCUUUAAACUAAAGCCCUGUCUUUGCUCUCUAGCUCCUCAAACCCACCACCUUUAAACUAAACCCCUUUGUCUCUACCUCCUCUACCCACCACCUUUAAACUAAAGCCCUGUCCUCUGCUCUCCUCCCCUCCUCUAUACCCACCACCUUCAACUAAAGCCCUGUCUCCUCUAACCUCCUUACCCACCACUUUAAACUAAAGCCCUGUCUCUGCUCUCUACCUCCUCUACCCCCCACCUUCAAACUAAAGCCCUGUCUCUACCUCCUCUACCCACCACCUUUAAACUAAACCCUUCUGCUCUCUACUACCUCCUCUACCCACCACCUUUAAACUAAAGCCCUGUCUCUACCCAUUUUCUCUACCUCCUCUACCCACCACCUUUAAAAACUAAAGCCCUGUCUCUACCCUCCUCUACCCCCACCUUUAAACUAAACCCCUGUCUCUACCUCCUCUACCCACCACCUUUAAACUAAGCCCUGUCUCUACCGUCCUCUAACCCACCACCUUUAAACAAAAGCCCUGUCUCUACAUCCUCUACCUCCUCUAACCACCACCUUUAAACUAAAUGCCCUGUCUCUAACCUCCUCUAACCCACCACCUUUAAUCUAAAGCCAUGUCUCUGCUCUCUACCUCCUCUACCCACCACCUUUAAACUAAAGCCCUGUCCACUCUACCCUACCCUCUCUACCUCCUCUACCCACCACCUUUAAACUAAAGCCCUGUCUCUACCUCCUCAAAACCCACCACCUUUAAACUAAAGCCCUGUCUCUACUCUCCUUACCUCCUCUAACCCACCACCCUUUAAACUAAAGCCCUGUCUCUACCUCCUCUAUCCACCACCUUUAAACUAAAGCCCUGUCUCUACCUCCUCUACCCACCACCUUUAAACUAAAGCCCUGUCUCUUGCUCUCUACUCCUCUACCCACCACCUUUAAACUAAAGCCCCUGUCUCUACCCUCCUCUACCCACCACCUUUAAACUAAAGCAACCGUCUCAACCUCCUCUAUCCCCUACCCACCACCUUUAACUAAAGCCCUGUCUCUACCUUCCUCUACCCACCACCUUUAAACUAAAGCCCUGUCUCUACCCUCCUCCUACCCACCACCUUUAAACUAAAGCCCUGUCUCUGCUCUCUACCCCCUCUACCCACCACCUUUAAACUAAAGCCCUGUCUCUACUCUCUACCUCCUCUACCCACCACCUUUAAACUAAAGCCCUGUCUCUACCUCCUCUACCCACCACCUUUAAACUAAAGCCCUGUCUCUACCUCCUCUACCUCCUCUACCCACCACCUUUAAACUAAAGCCCUGUCUCUACCUCCUCUACCCACCACCUUUAAACUAAAGCCCUGUCUCUGCUCUCUACCUCCUCUACCCACCACCUUUAAACUAAAGCCCUGUCUCUACCUCCUCUACCCACCCCCUUAAACUAAAGCCCUGUCUCUGCUCUCUACCUCCUCUCUAACCCACCACCUUCAACUAAAGCCCUGUCCUCUCCCACCUUCCUCUACCCACCACCUUUAAACUAAAGCCCUGUCUCUGCUCUCUACCUCCUCUACCCACCACCUUCAAACUAAAGCCCUGUCUCUACCUCCUCUACCCACCACCUUUAAACUAAGCCCGGGCCCUCUACCUCCCUCCUACCCACCACCUUUAAACUAAAGCCCUGUCCCUACCUCCUCUACCACCACCUUUAAACUAAAGCCCUGUCUCUACCUCCUCUACCCACCACCUUUAAACUAAGCCCUGUCUCUGCUCUCUUACCUCCCUCUACCCACCACCUUCAAACUAAAGCCCUGCCCGUCUACCUCCUCUACUAACCCACCACCUUUAAACUAAACCCCUGUCUCUGCUCUCUACCUCCUCUACCCCCACCUUUAAACUAAAGCCCUGUCUCUACCCCUCCUCUACCCACCACCGUUAAACUAAAGCCCUGUCUCUUGCUCUCUACCUCCUCUACCCACCACCUUUAAACUAAAGCCCUGUCUCUACCUCCUCUACCCACCACCUUUAAACUAAAGCCCUGUCUCUACCUCCUCUACCCUCCUCUACCCACCACCUUUAAACUAAAGCCCUGUCUCUACCUCCUCUAUCCACCACCUUUAAACUAAAGCCCUGUCUCUCCCUCCUCUACCCACCACCUUUAAACUAAAGUCCUGUCUUUGCUCUCUAGCUCCUCUACCCACCACCUUUAAACUAAAGCCCUGUCUCUACCUCCUCUACCCACCACCUUUAAACUAAAGCACCGUCUCAACCUCCUCUACCCACCACCUUUAAACUAAAGCCCUGUCUCUACGUCCUCUACUCCUCUACCCACCACCUUUAAACUAAAGCCUGUCCUGCUCUCUACCUCCUCUACCCACCACCUUUAAACUAAAGCCCUGUCUCUACCUCCUCUACCCACCACCUUUAAACUAAAGCCCUGUCUCUACCUCCUCUACCCACCACCUUUAAACUAAAGCCCUGUCUCUGCUCUCUACCUCCUCUACCCACCACCUUUAAACUAAAGCCCUGUCUCUACUCUCUACCUCCUCUACCCACCACCUUUAAACUAAAGCCCUGUCUCUACCUCCUCUACCCACCACCUUUAAACUAAAGCCCUGUCUUUGCUCUCUAGCUCCUCUACCCACCACCUUUAAACUAAAGCCCCGUCUCUACCUCCUCUACCCACCACCUUUAAACUAAAGCACCGUCUCAACCUCCUCUACCCACCACCUUUAAACUAAAGCCCUGUCUCUCCCUCCUCUACCUCCUCUACCCACCACCUUUAAACUAAAGCCCUGUCUCUGCUCUCUACCUCCUCUACCCACCACCUUUAAACUAAAGCCCUGUCUCUACCUCCUCUACCCACCACCUUUAAACUAAAGCCCUGUCUCUACCUCCUCUACCCACCACCUUUAAACUAAAGCCCUGUCUCUACUCUCUACCUCCUCUACCCACCACCUUUAAACUAAAGCCCUGUCUCUGCUCUCUACCUCCUCUACCCACCACCUUCAAACUAAACCCUGUCUCUACCCUACCCCUAUAACCCACCACCUUUAAACUAAAGCCCUGUCUCUGCUCUCUACCUCCUCUACCCACCACCUUCAAACUAAAGCCCUGUCUCUACCUCCUCUACCCACCACCUUUAAACUAAAGCCCUGUCUCUGCUCUCUACCUCCUCUACCCACCACCUUCAAACUAAAGCCCUGUCUCUACCUCCUCUACCCACCACCUUUAAACUAAAGCCCUGUCUCUACCUCCUCUACCCACCACCUUUAAACUAAAGCCCUGUCUCUACCUCCUCUACCCACCACCUUUAAACUAAAGCCCUGUCUCUACCUCCUCUACCCACCACCUUUAAACUAAAGCCCUGUCUCUGCUCUCUACCUCCUCUACCCACCACCUUCAAACUAAAGCCCUGCCCUCUACCUCCUCUACCCACCACCCUUUAAACUAAGCCCGUCUCUCUUCUCUACCUCCUCUACCCACCACCUUUAAACUAAAGCCCUGUCUCUACCUCCUCUACCCACCACCUUUAAACUAAAGCCCUGUCUCUGCUCUCUAACCUCCUCUACCCACCACCUUUAAACUAAAGCCCUGUCUCUACCUCCUCUACCCACCACCGUUAAACUAAAACCCUGUCUCUACUCUCUACCUCCUCUACCCACCACCUUUAAACUAAAGUCCUGUCUCUACCUCCUCUAUCCACCACCUUUAAACUAAAGCCCUGUCUCUACCUCCUCUACCCACCACCUUUAAACUAAAGCCCUGUCUCUACCUCCUCUACCCACCACCUUUAAACUAAAGCCCUGUCUCUGCUGUCUACCUCCUCUACCCACCACCUUUAAACUAAAGCCCUGUCUCUACUCUCUACCUCCUCUACCCACCACCUUUAACCUAAAGCCCUAUCCCUAUCUUCCCUACCCACUGCCUUGAAACAGCAGACACGACAGGAGUGUGUAAAAUAUACUGUAUAACUAUUUGAGCCACAGCAGUAGGACUAUACAAUGGCUGUGUCCGUAGCUCACUUCUCAAAGGUGGGACUUUCUCUGUUUUUGUUUUAUUAAUUAUUUAGAAUUAUGACAGUCAUAGUAUAUGAAUUUGAAUUCUGGCUUGAUUGUAAACAUGUCUAUUUUGUGUUUCUCUCUCAGUUAUCUGCCCUGGUUUGAGAUCUAUUACAAGCUCCUGAACACGCUAGCAGAUUACCUAACCACAAACCAGGUGAGACUGCCUGCACAUCUCUCUACAUUACUUCUUUAAGACAUGUGGCAUUUCAUAGGACUCAGAUUUAUUUUGUUCCGGUAAUGUAGCAGAAGUCACCAACCAACAACAGACUAGUAGUACUACUAUGCUACUUUUUAAUCAGCUUAUUUUGUGGAUGAUCUUAUUUUGCAAACAGUAACAGUCCAGAUAUAUAUAUAUAUACACUACCGGUCAAAAGUUUCUUUAUUUUUACUAUUUUCAACAUUGUAGAAUAAUAGUGAAGACAUCAACACUAUGAAAUAACACAAAUGGAAUCAUGUAGUAACCAAAAAAAGUGAUGGUGAGCAGAUCGAAUCCACUCCUUCAACCCACCCCAGAGAGUGCGCCCAGAUCACCACCCCCCCGUGUCUCACCUUCCGAGACUCCAUGAACUUGAAACUUCCGACCACCUGCCCCCCUCACCCGACUUCUGCGCGAACCGCUAUUGGCAUCCUCCACCGCAAUUCGUGCACCCGCUUGCGUAGGGCAUGCCCAGUACUCCCCCGUCGGAUCGCAACUCUGCAAUCCUAUGAACGCCGUCCACCGCUCUGCCCCACACCCCCAUGGCGUGGCGCUUACCUCGCCAUCUACCGGCCGCUAACGAGCCCAUGACCCAGCAAACCUGCUCUGAUCUUUCGCGAGAGGCAGGGACCUCUCAGGCCCACAGCGCCUAGCGCUGAGUUCUCCGACCCGCCGCAGGGACCUGACCCCGCACCACCCUGACAUUGAGGUGCAUUGCGGAGACGAGAGACACCGCACGACGACGACGCGAGAGAAAGAGGAGAGAGAGAGAGAGAUCGCACGCGAGACGAGAGCGAGAACGAUUGCAGACGAGAGGAAGAACCCACCAGAGACUUCGCGCGGAACGCUCAGAGAGCACCCGAAGCAUAUGAGACAGAGCCGAGGGCCACCACGCACCCACCUCUGA